AUGGAAAGCGUUAGAUAUAAAUUUUCGGCAUGGAAUGAUGAUUAUUCAAACAAAUUUAAUCAAUUAAAAUAUUUUGUGUUGAGUAGUUAUGAACAAAUAUUACCACAUCUAAAUCGUCUGAGUCUAAACAGUUCCACUGAAUUAUUAUCUAUUUCACUGCCACAUCUUCGUCAAUUGAAACUUGGUAAAUGUUUUAUAAAUGAACUUGAAACUAUUUUUCAAAAUUCACCACAACUUCAAUCACUUGACAUUAAUUUUGAUAUGAAUGUAUUAAAUACCACCAUAAUCCUACCAUCCAAUCAACUCAUUUGGCUUAAUCUAGAAAUCAAAACAAGUAUUAAAGACGAUGUUGCUGAUGGUAAUUUCUGGCAAGUAUUAGUUAGAUCCCUCAAAACAUUUUCUUUCCAGUUCAAUGUAUCACAUAUUGAUAUUCAAAAAACGCUUGAUUCAUUUUCUACUCCAUUUUGGCUUGAAGAAAAACAUUGGUAUGUUGCUUUUCAAAAUGGACAUCUUUUUUCAUUACUUUAUUUCGCUCCCGUUCAUAUUGAUUCACAUAAUCUAUCACAGUUUCGUUCGACUGCACCCAAUAAUUCGUUCAUUUAUGAACAAUUAAAUAAAUUUACAGUGAAUUCGUUUCAUAUUAAUAAUAAUUAUCACUUAGCUCAUAUAAAAACACUCGCACUUGAAUUAUCAAUAUCAUUGAAGAGACUUCAACCAGUCAUUGAUUUGAAUCAAAUCGAAAAUUUGAUUGUACCAUCAUUGGAUUAUUUAUUAGUAUUUGUACCAUUCGAGUCUAAAAUGUCUCAAUUGCAUGAAUUAACCAUAAAAAAUAGUGUAACAAUCGAUGCAGUUGACAGACUAAGUCACUGUCGAUUUGAACGCAUUCGUACACUUCACAUACGUGUUAGUGAUGAAAAUAUCGAUUGUAUCAUUGAAGAAUUAUUUCAUCUGUUUCCUCAUAUAGAACAUUUGACAUUUACACCUCGUAUUAAAUCGUUAACAUUGAUGCUUCAUAUAUUCAAGGGAUUUAAAUAUUUAUCCAAUGCAUCUUUUUCUGCUGAUCGUUCAUUCUUUCGAAAAGAAGCGGAUUUUUGUCGAAAUCCCAAGUCUGUUAUUCAACACUUUCGACAACAUACAAAUGAUAAUAUUUCAUGCCGAAUUUAUUAUUUAAUUAAUACUCAACUACCGCUUUCAAUUCAUUGGAAUAUUGAAGGACAAGUGAGCAUUUAUCAAACAUAA